UUUAUUUAUUUUAUUUUUUUAGAGAGGACAAGCAUUAUUGAAUCAUUUAGAAGAAAUGCAAUAUUCUUAUUUCAGCGGACGUCCAGAAUGGAUACCUUUACAAAAGAAUGAUCUGAAAUUAUUUUUAGCAUACACAUAUUACGGCUAUCCGUCUCCUAGUAAUGCAAUUGUUGAAAACAAUUAUGAAGAUGAGAUUAGUUCUGAAGAAUUAUUUAAGUUAUAUAAAAAUGAAAUUAAAAAGAAAAUUUUAGAUAUGUAUGAAUUAAUAGAGGAAAAAUAUAUUAAUCCUAGUCUUUUUAGUAAUAUUGAAGUGGGUAUAACUAUAGUACAUAGUAUUUGCAAAAAAAAGUGCGAUACCUGCCAACAUUUUCCUAAAAAAGAUAUACACAAAUGGUUAUUACUCAGAUUAAAAGUGAUAAGCAAUAAAUUCAUUUUUAUUGAUUUUCAAAACAAUAGAACAUACACUGGCUGGGAUGAAUAUAUGGAAAAUAAUAAUCUUCCUGAAGGAUAUAUGUUCUAUCCUAAUUCGGGGUUUUAUGAUGCUUCAAAAACAUUGUAUCAAACUAUAACACCGGCUUCCAAAACAACUGAAACAGUUUUCAAAACAGCUGACAUAGCUUCAUACAUAUUAAAUAGUGUUGGCGGUAUAAUAUUUGCCUGUGGUUCUUUUUUUCUUUUGGGAACACCUAUUGGUAUUGGAUUAGCAGUAACGGGAUCUGCAUUAACAACAGUUUGUUCUUCGUAUCAAUUUGGUAGACAUGUUCUGCAACUAAUUGACAUGUUUAAACAUGAUGUUAAUAAAUUCGGCACAAAUGCCUGGAAAAGAUGGAUUGGUUUAUCGAUUUCCGCAAUUGGUGCUAUUAUGGCACCAUUUCAAGCAAUUGCUGCAAUAACGUCCGAGGUGAAUUCAGCUAUUCAAUCAACUGGAAGGGCUCUUACUAUUUUUGGAAAAACUGCUUGUGUUACUCAAUGUACAUUGGUAGUCUUCCACGCUGCUCUGGAUUUCAUAGAUAACAAUUUUAAAAUAACAUGGGAAAGUGUGAUAAAACUACGUUUAGAAGUGUUCGUUGUUACAGGAGUAUUAAUGGCUCCAAGUUACAUAACAGAUAUUUUAAAGCUAUUAGCUAUGGAAACCGUGUGGGUGCCAAUUUACAAAACCAUUGAACAAAUUCCUUACUGUUUGGGUAAAUACGUCUGGAACUCCGUUUACUUUUUCAAAAAUCAUUUCGCUGUGUUCGUGAAAAGUGUCACGCAGUUUCUUGCGGAAAACAUCACGACGACCAAUCUGUUGUUUGCGUGGAAAACUAUUCGCCGUAUAUUUGACGGCUACCAAAAACAAACAUCCAAUCUGGACGUCAGUGACCUGUUGCGGCACAUGGUGGAUGACAUCGCUAUCAACGAAAGUGUGAAGUACGUGUUGCGUGGUCAGCACAUGGUGAAUUUGCUGGAGAAUCUGCGGGUGUACGCUCCGAAGAAACGAAUCGGCCGUGCCCUGGUUAAGUAUUGCGUGGACUACGUCCUGGAGGAGGCGAAGAAGCUGUCGGCGCUGCGCAAUGAUUGUGUGGCUGUAAUAGCCAGGCACGGCGAGACGCGUGUGUGGAAGGUGGACGAGGAGUUUUGCAAGUGUUACGGGCUCGAGAGGUGUGCCAUGGACCAGUACGCAUUGUGGGCUAUAGGCCAGGUGGAUGCGGCCACCCUGAUGGCCGAGUAUGAGAAGCACGCGUCCUGUCCGGAAAACAUGUUCGACGACGAAAUGGUUUUCAACAGGCGCGACGACGCCGGUUGGUCGGCCAAGGGUUACUCGUUUGUGGCUCCGUGCGGCGUCCUGGACUUGGAAAUGUGUUUGCGGUUUGCAGAAAAGGUCAAUCCGCAGCCGCAUCAGUACCUCAAUCACGAACUCGUGCAGCCCGAACCCGCCGUGUCACUGAUGUUCGGGGUUUCCGCUUAUUCGGUCAAUAUCGUGUUCUUCGGCAUCGACCUGAUUAAUGGCGUGCCAAAGAUGAGCAUCUGCUUCUUCGAGGAAAAUCGUGAUUCUGGCUCCUCCAUCGCCAACCACAAAGGUUUUAAGAAGUUGCAAGCAGCUUAAUUACUUUUUAGGAGGGCUUGCUCCGGGUCGACGGCGUCAUCUUCGCUGCCACAUUUUUUAGAUCUGUCAAACUUAGCUGUGCCCUCACUCUCUUCUCUUGGCCAUUCAAUAGUCUUGUCGUUUUACUGGAUCUACCUACUUGAUGAAGUCUUAUUAAACACAUAAUUUAAUUUCGUAAAAACUAUAUAUUUUAAAUGUAAUUUUUAAGUGUAAAAUAUUAUUUUUAUCUUAUUGAUUUUCAAAAUUUUUUUUCAUAUUAUAAAUUAAAGGGUGCUUUACAUUUUAAUUUAGUGGGAAUAUAAUACAUUUAUAUGAGGAAUUUUCUCAAAUUUAUACACAUAUUUUUUUAACACUUACAGUAAUUUAUUUUACAAUAACAUUUAGUAUGUUGUUUUAUUUGUCAUGGAUGUAUGCUAUAAUCAUUUUUUAUACUGAUGGAAUUAUAAUCUCAAUCAUUGAUAUUUUAUUUUUGUCAACAGUAUCUGUAUAGACCAUUACCAUAAUGUAUUAUACAAAAAUUAUCUAAUGAUUUAUUAUAUUUAAAAAAAAUAUAUGGUAUGUAUUAAAAACACGGUUGUACCCAUUAUCAUGUACUGUUGUAAAAAAUGUUUCCAAUUAUUGAUUGCUUAUUAACUUAUUUUAAUUUAAUUUUUAAAUGUUAAUAUAUAACCAUGAACAUAACCCAGAAAAGGCCAAUCCGCAGUCGCAUCCGUACCUCAAUCACAAACUCAUUCAGCCCAAAACCAACAUUUCCUGAUGUUCAGGGUUUCCGCUUAUUCGGCCAAUAUUGUGUUCUUCGGAAUCAACCUGAUCAACGGCGUGCUAAAGAUGAACAUCUGCUUCUUCGAGUUAAAUCGUCUUUCGGGCUCAUCCAUCGCCAACCAGGGAGAUUUUAGGAAGUUGUUAGCGGCUUAAGUUAUUAUUUUUUCGAAGGGCUCGCUCUGAGCCGAUGGCGUCAUUAUCACUGCCAUAUUUUUUAGAUCUGCCAACUUUGCCCUCACUCUUCUCUUGGCCAUUCAGUAGUCUUGUCUUUUUACUGGCUCUACCUACUCGAUGAAGACUGAUCAAACACAUAAUUCAAUUUCAUAAAAACUAUAUAUUGUUAACGUCAUUUUUAAGUGUAAAAUAUCAUUUUUUAUCUUUUUGAUUUUCAAUAAUUUUUUGCAUACCUAUUAUAAAUUGACCUAAGCUUUACAUUUUAAUUUGUUGGGAAUAUACUAAAUUUACAUAAGAAAUGUUCUCAAAUUUAUAUACAUAUUUUUUUAACACUUAUAAUAUUUUAUUUUACAAUAACAGUUUUUAUGUUGUUUUAUUUGUGAUGGAUGUAUGCUAUAACCAUUUUUUAUACUGUUGGAAUUAUAAACUCUAUUAUUGGUGUUUUAUUUUUAUCAACAGUAUCUGUUAUAUAUUAUUAUAUAACAGUUAUUAUUAUACCUAUAGGCUAUAAACUAAUGGACAGCGCCAUUAUCAUAAUAUAUUAUGUAAUGAUUUAUUAUAUUUUAUGAAAAAUAUGAAAUUAAAUGUAAGUAAUAAAUAUAUAGAAUUUAUUUAAAACUUCCAUUAUCAUGUAUGAAAAAAAUGUUUCCAAUAAUUAAUUGUUUAUUAACCUAUUGUAAUUUUAUUUUUUUAAAUGUUAACAUGUAACUGAGCAUUAAUUAAUUGUUCAGCAUAUAGCUACUAGUGAUAUUAUUGUUCUUAAUAUUUAAACGUUUUGUAAACAAUAUUAUUUUUGGUUAUAAUUUAUUCUUGACACGAGUCAGACAAACACAUGAUUAUAAUUUGAUCUGAAAUCAACUAACAUUUUGUAUUAAAAUGAGUUGAUUUUACAGCUUUUUUUUAUAAGAUAAUCAUUUUUAUUAAUUAUGUAUAUUUAAAUUAAAACAAACUGCAAAAUAUUUGGUACCUCCAUAUUAGCUAGGUACUGCUAAUAAUAAGUUCAUUGUAACUAUAUUAUAUUAAACUAUAUUAAUUAUGAGAA